UCCCAGCCUCCUCGACAGAACUCUGCUCUGUGCAGCGGAUGCACCUUCCUCUGCCUCCCAGGACCUGCCUGCUCACAAUGCGGGGACCCAGGUGCAGCAGAUGCUGACGCCGCCCAUGCUGUGAAGAGUUACAAAGCAAGAAGAAAUUCAGAAGCUAUGGGCAAGGCACGCAGGCCUCCACCAGGACAGCACAGGCAUUGUGAGAGAUGCUUCAACCGUCACUGCCACAUUCCCGUGGAGCCCAAUGUCUCCUGCAUGGUGAUAAACUGCCGCCUGUCCUGUGGUGCCACCUUCCACAUGUGCAAAGAGGCAGAGCAUGAGCUCCUCUGCCCUUUAGAGCAGGUUCCAUGCCUCAACUCUGAAUAUGGUUGCCCCCUUUCCAUGUCCCGCCACAAGCUGGCCAAGCACCUGCAGGUGUGUCCCGCCAGCGUGGUCUGCUGCUCCAUGGAGUGGAACCGCUGGCCAAAUGUGGACUCCGAAACACCCCUUCAUAAGAACAUCAUGAAAGAGACCCCCAGCGAGGAGUGUUUGGACACAGCCCUGGCCCUCCAGGACCAGAAGGUCCUUUUCAGAUCUUUGAAAAUGGUAGAACUUUUCCCAGAAACUAGAGAGCCCACGGAGGAGGAACCUACUAUGAAUGGUGAAGCCAGCUGGGAAGAAAUGGGAGGAGCGGUGGGUGGAGCAAAUGCUGGUUUAGUGCCACAUAGCUCCCAGUCGGCCACUAAAGAAGAGAUGACAGAACUGAGUCAAGAAGAACUCCAGGUGUUGGCCAAAACCAAAGAAGGGAUGGACCUGGACAAGUUUAGCAAGUGGGAAAAUAUUUUCAGCAAAGAGCAUGCAGCCUCUGCUUUAACAAACUCAUCAGCGAGCUGUGAGAACAAGAGCAGUAAUGGCCCAGGGAAAGAACAGAUUUCCGUCACCAAUAACAUGAUAGGAGAGGCCAGUGCCGAAGAGAAAGAAUCACAGGAGAACCAGAGACAGCAGGACUAUCAUGCAGCUAUGGAAACAACAGGGCUUGCCCCUUGGCAGGAUGGUGUUCUGGAGAGACUGAAGUCGGCUGUGGAUGCAAAGGACUAUAAUAUGUAUCUGGUGCACAAUGGGAGGAUGCUUAUCCACUUCGGUCAGAUGCCUGCUUGUACGCCUAAGGAGAAAGACUUUGUUUAUGGCAACCUAGAGGCUCAGGAAGUGAAGACUGUAUAUACCUUCAAAGUUCCUGUGAGCUACUGUGGGAAGCGGGCUCGUGUUGGAGAUGCCAUGUUGAGUUGUAAGCCAAGUGAACACAAGGCAGUAGACACUUCAGACUUAGGGAUCACUGUGGAGGACCUGCCCAAAUCAGAUCUCAUCAAGACCACCCUCCUGUGUGCUUUGGAAAGAGAACUCAAAGGUCACGUCAUCUCUGAAUCCAGGAGCAUUGACGGGCUAUUCAUGGAUUUUGCUACCCAGACAUACAAUUUUGAGCCAGAACAGUUUUCCUCUGGAACAGUGCUGGCUGACCUCCUAACCACUGCCAACCCAGAGGGGCUCCAUGUGGAGCUCCACAGUGAGUGUGUGACCAGGAGACACAACAAGAGCAGCUCUGCCUUCACUUUCACCUGCAACAAAUUCUUCAGGAGGGAUGAAUUCCCCCUGCAUUUCAAGAAUGUCCACACUGACAUUCAGUCAUGUCUCGAUGGCUGGUUCCAGCAUCGGUGCCCCCUCGCCUACUUGGGAUGUACAUUUAUUCAAAACCAUUUCCGUCCCCCAGGGCAAAAGGCAAAAUUGAUCUAUAGUCAAGAGCUCAAGACCUUUGCCAUCAAGCCGGAGGUUGCUUCAGAGCUGAAUGAGGGAAGGAAGAACAACCAUCUCUCAGGCCCUAGAGGAAAAGGCCAAAAUUCUCUAACCAGCCUGCCCUUGGAGAUUUUGCAGUACAUUGCUGGGUUCUUGGACAGCAUCAGCCUGUCCCAGCUCUCCCAGGUGUCUGUGCUGAUGAGGAAUAUCUGUGCCACUUUGUUACAAGAGCCAGGGAUGGUCCUCCUGCAAUGGAAGAAGAAGAAGUAUUCCCAUGGAGACACCUCCUGGAGAGUCCACAAAGAGAUCUGGCAAUUCAGCAGCCUCUUCUCUAAGAUCAACAGCUGGGAAUUUAAUGAAGUCACCUCCAUGUCCGAGCACCUGAAGACAUGUCCUUUCAAUGUUGUAGAGCACAAGACUGACCCAAUUCUUUUGACCAGCAUGUGUCAGCCCCAGGAGCAGGCCCGAGAGAGCUUGGUCACCACCUUCAGAGCCAGACCACAAGGAAGACAACGCAACUAAAGAUUCAGAUACCACCAUUCUUGAAUUUCUCCUAAGAGUUACUGAAAGUAGGACAGAGAGUGGCUUGGGGAACUUCCCUCUGUAAACUGCAUAUAGGCUUAUCUGGGUGUAUUAGAACAUGCAUUGUCCUUCAAGGUCUAAGAAUUCCCUAAACCCUGCCUUGUACAAUUGCUAUCGUACCAUAUUGAUGACUUACUUCCUUUCCUUUUUUAUUUCUAAGAUAAAUCAGGUUGAAGAGAGAGGUAACAAGGUCAUUGAGGAAGAUAAGCCCCAUUUCUUAGAAAUGAGAGAGCAAUGAAUUCCAUAACCAGUAUAGGCCUGUGCUUUUAUUGGGGGUGGGAGGUCAGUUUAUAAGCACGUUCAGAUUUGUGGGGCAGGCAAUACAGGGAUGUGGACUAAGGUGCCGGUCCUCCAUGGUGAAGGGCUCACAGUUUGAAGGUUCUGGGGCUGGAGUUGUCUUGACAUUCAAGCCCAGGGCUGUUGUUAGUUGCCCCACUGCCCCUAAGCCAAGACAGUCUGAACACAGCCCUACAGAAUAGAGACCUUGGCUGAGCAUAGUAGCCUUGAAGAGACCACAAACCAGAGGAUAAAAGGCAGAAAUUAGGUCAGAGAGUUUGUUGUGCAGAAUCUUGGCAACAUAUAAGAAAACCUUGAAAAGUGAAGAGUCCAUAAGACACAAUACUCAUGGAGAAAAUUAGGGCAAAAAGCCUCAAGCCUACAUCUAAACAUUUUAAUUAUGACUUAAGAGUCAAGGUUCUUUUCUUCUGAAAACGAUAGGUCUGGAUUAUGAAGAACAUUGCAUAGCCCAGCACCAGCACCCACUGCAGGUCCUGCGGCACCAGUCACCAGGUCCUAGACACCACCUGAGUAACUCAGGGAUCUUAGGAAGGAAGUCAUGGAACAAUAGUGGUUCCCUGCCAUUGUUCCUACAUAUCAUUGGCCGUCUUCAGGUGUCAAAAAUGGGUGACACUGCUAGUUUUGGGUAACAAACAGUGAAACUCAUGAGAACAAAACUAAAAAAAAAAUACACAAUUGAAACUGACUUCCCCUAAAGCAGGGUUUCUGGUAACUGCUGACAUUGUGCACUGAAUAAAUCUUUGUCAUGAGGGACUGUCCUGUGUGUCAUAUGACAUCUUGCAGCAUCCUUAGCCUCUAGCCAUAGUACACCCACAGCUGUAACAACCAAAAU